UAAUUCCAGGGCAAAGCCAGACUCCGGUCUGACCUUGUUUCACGAUGCUUCUGUAGCAUCUGCACAUUGUAAUACAACGAGGUGGCUUCCCCUUCCUCACUCUUUGGCUCUGCUAGGCAUUGUGUAAUUUUCGGGAUUUAUUUCUCAUUCAUUCCUGCUCCCCGAAAAUGGGUGUGAAAGGUGUCGAGUUCAGUACUCUCAAGACUGGGUACUGUGGUUCUAAUGGGUGGUUUGGAAAAGCAAUCCGUGGUGAUCUUCAGAGAAUUAACUUGCACUCGGUGGUGACUAGUGACAAGUCCUAGCUCGACCAGUUGGUUCUUGAUAGGUGACUGUUGGGGGAAGAGUUACGGACUCGGGAUCUAGCAGAUUGAAACCUCCCAAAAGGAUAGAACUUCGGAUCAUAUUCCAAGUGAGAACACGGGCACUAGAACCUGCCAACUUCUAGGGCUGCACUUUCAAGGGACUCUACGUGGUUUGUGGAAAGCAGGCACGGCCUGGGCCAGCGGGAACAGCCGCCCGGCUAGACGCUGCCUGAGGGCAGGGGCUCCAACUCGAGGGUUCCGAAGGUGGAGGCUUCCGCGGCCUUCUGCUCGGCCUUGUGGCGAGCCUCGCACUAGGUGAAGGAAGUCAUGUACUUCCGCCAAAGUGUUCCCGGAGAUGAGAGGUGUCUACGCCCCGGGGCCGGGCCGUACCCAGACGUGGCUCCAGCGCCGCAGGUGUGAGGGGCGGGCCCAGGCCUCGGCCCGCUCCGCCCCAUGUGACCCGGUCCGGCAUGGUGUCGCCUCCUCCCGGGACGGCGGCGGCGGCAGCGGCGGCGGCGGCAGCAGCGGCGGCUCGGGCCUGGCUUCGUGUCGGGCCGGCCCCGGGGCCCCUCAUGGGCAGCCAGGGCCACUCGGGUCCCCCCGGGAACCGCGGGCCCGGCGAGGGCGAGGGCGGGGAGGCGAGGAAGGUGCAGGAAGCGAGGGUCGCGCAGGGGAAGCGAAGGAAGGGAAAGGGGAAGGGCAGAGUGGGCUCAGGCGGAAGAGGAAGCGGGGCGGAAGGGAAGCCAGUGCCGCCACCCGCGAAGGAGGCUGCGGGGCCAGGGGCUGAGGCGAGAGUCGGGGCAGGCCCGGGGCAGGAGGGAGAGGGAAGCGGGAGAGUGGAGGAAGGGACGAGCAGCGUCGGAGAGCGAGCUAAGGGGAGCGCAGGGACCGGGAAGGAGGAGGAACGGAGAGUCAGGAGCCGGCGGCGGGAGGAUGGCAGGCCCGGGAGAGCACCGGGACGAGGAGGUCGGGCGUGGGGCGGCAUCGCAGGGACCCGGGCGGCCAUGGCGGCUGCGGCCGAGGCGGCGGCUGUGGAGGCGGCGGCCGUGGAGCCGGCUGUGCGCCCCGCUGCGGGGCCAGCGCUCUGGCGCUUGCCCGAGGAGCUGCUGCUGCUCAUCUGCUCCUACCUGGACAUGCGGGCCCUCGGCCGCCUGGCCCAGGUGUGCCGCUGGCUGCGCCGCUUCACCAGCUGCGACCUGCUCUGGCGCCGGAUAGCCCGGGCCUCGCUCAACACCGGCUUCACGCGGCUCGGCACCGACCUGAUGACCAGCAUCCCGGUGAAGGAUCGAGUGAAAGUGUCUCAGAACUGGAGGCUCGGGCGCUGCCGAGAAGGCAUUCUGCUCAAGUGGAGAUGCAGUCAGAUGCCCUGGAUGCAGCUAGAGGAUGAUUUUCUGUACAUAUCCCAGGCUAAUUUCAUUCUAGCCUACCAGUUCCGCCCAGAUGGUGCCAGCUUGAACCGUCGGCCCCUGGGAGUCUUUGCUGGGCAUGAUGAGGAUGUUUGUCACUUUGUGCUGGCCAACUCACAUAUUAUCAGUGCAGGAGGAGAUGGGAAGAUUGCCAUUCAUAAGACUCGUAGUACCUUCACUGUCAAGUACUCGGCUCACCAACAGGAGGUGAACUGUGUGGACUGCAAAGGGGGCAUCAUUGUGAGUGGCUCCAGGGACAGGACAGCCAAGGUAUGGGCACUGGCCUCAGGCCGGCUGGGACAAUGCUUACAUACCAUUCAGACAGAAGAUCGGGUUUGGUCUAUUGCUAUCAGCCCAUUACUAAGCUCUUUUGUGACAGGGACAGCUUGUUGUGGGCACUUCUCACCGCUAAGAAUCUGGGACCUCAACAGUGGGCAGCUGAUGACACACCUGGGCAGUGACUUUCCUCCAGGGGCCGGGGUGCUGGAUGUCAUGUAUGAGUCCCCAUCUACACUGCUUUCCUGUGGUUAUGACACCUAUGUGCGCUACUGGGACCUCCGCACCAGUGUCCGGAAAUGUGUCAUGGAAUGGGAGGAGCCUCAUGACAGCACCCUAUACUGCCUGCAGACAGAUGGCAACCACCUCCUGGCUACAGGUUCCUCUUACUAUGGGGUUGUGCGGCUAUGGGACCGGCGCCAGAGGGCCUGCCUGCACGCUUUCCCGCUGACGUCAACCCCUCUCAGCAGUCCUGUAUACUGCCUGCGCUUCACCACCAAGCAUCUCUACGCAGCACUGUCUUACAACCUCCACGUCCUGGACUUUCAAAACCCGUGACAAGCAACCCCUUCCUGCAGGCCAGGGGAGCCAGCUACUCAGGGACCUCUCUUUCCACCCCUGCCCUGUACCUAGACCUGUGACCUCAGUGCUCAGACAUUAAAGGCACUGGUGCUCACCCAGCAAUGCAGGCCCUCCCAGGAUGUACGGAAAUGGGACCUGCUACCUUGGGCAAAUGCAGCUGAACUCAGGCCUAAGUCUGUCACCCUUAUUUAGCCAGAGGAAAGGCCUGGCCUGGAAAAGCUAAUCCUGCCCCUGCGGCUCUGCAGAGCCAUGGUGUCCUACAGAGCGGGGUGGGCCUCUGGUCUGACGUUACCUUUCACCAGCCUCUUGGAAUUGGGGGCUCAUUCCUGGAGCACCGACCUGGUUUCACUUUGAAACAGUAAAGGAUGAAGGAACCUAGCAGUUGUGGUGAGCUCUGAGCUAGCCUUACUUUGGGUUAGCUCUGUGAAGACAUACUACAAUUUUCAUUUUUGUAAAAAUAAACUUUGAUUUGUUCACA